AGUACUACAAGUUUAGCAUAGCAGUCAUGUCAGGGCUUGGACUUUGGCCACAUGGAAACAAGAAUAUCCGCCGAUUUAAGAACUUUGUGAUCAUCCUUAUAUUCUCAGUGUUUCUAAUCGUACAGUUCGUGUCGAUGAUAAGGCGUCAAUACACAGUGUCGGGGUAUAUAAAAUCCAUCUCACCUUUCGCAAUAUCACUGGCAUAUCUUUUUAAAUACCUGACAUUCUUAAGUAAUACGGGUUUGGGCUUGAAAAUAUUUCGUGAUGUCAGUUACGAUUGGGACACUGUUGAGAACGACGAGGAAUUUAGAAUUAUGACGAAAUACGCCUAUAGUGGUUACCGUUUUGGGAAAAUAUUUGCAUGUAAGGAGUAAACAGUAGAAUCUCAUUAGAUCAGAGCCCGUUCACAAAUUGAAGAGGUCGUAAUAAAAAUGACACUUGUCGAAGUUCAACGGA